AUGGCCGAUACCCAAGUUAAGAAGAGAACCUUCAAGAAGUUCACCUACAACGGAAUUGCGUUGGAGUCCCUGUUGGACCUUAAGGAGCAGCAGUUGGCCAAGAUCUUCCGUUGCCGUCAGCGCAGAAAGCUUAACCGCGACACCCCAAUCAAGCACGUCUCUUUCCUCAAGAAGUGCAGAAAGGCCAAAGCCGGAGUUUCCCAAGCUGGUGACAAGCCAAAGUUGGUCAAGACCCACGCUCGUAACAUCUUGAUCGUCCCAGAGAUGAUCGGAUCCGUCGUUGGUAUCUACAACGGAAAGCAGUACAACCAGGUCGAGAUCAAGCCAGAGAUGAUCGGUCACUACCUCGGUGAGUUCUCCCUCACCUACAAGACAGUUAUGCACGGUCGUCCAGGUAUCGGUGCUACUCACUCUUCCCGUUUCAUCCCCCUCAAGUAA